ACAGCUGCUCUGCUUCCGGCUUGCUCCUCGACAACAGAACAAUCUGGUGGCGCAGUGGAACCAAGUACAUUUUGUUGUUAAAAUAUUCUUAAUUGCAUUGAUAGGUCCCUCUGUAAUAAAGGACAUUGAUGUCAUUUGGUGGAACUCAAAACGGCGGCCGCCGCAGCAAAUGGGACCAGCCGGGGCCCGGGUCCGGGUCCGGGUCCGGUUCUGGGGGGAUGGGUGAGGUGGAGACUGCACCCACUGGGGCUCUGGAUGCAGCAGCAGCCGUGGCUGCUAAGAUCAAUGCCAUGUUGGUGGCCAAAGGAAAACUGAGACCGUCACAAAUAGGAGUCCCUGGACCCCUCGACAAGGUCGUGGGUGUUUGCAAACCUGCGAUGCAGACUAAAGCUAAGGACGAUCUGGUGGUGGCCGAGGUGGAGAUUAACGACGUGCCCCUCACCUGCCGUAACCUACUGACCCGGGGGCAAACCCAAGAUGAGAUCAGUAAAAUAAGUGGCGCUGCGGUGUCCACUAGAGGGCGCUACAUGGCCGCAGACGAGAAGGGCAAAGCACUGUCGGGGGAGCGUCCUCUUUACCUGCAUGUCCAAGGCCAGACCAGGGAGCUGGUGGACAGGGCCGUCAACAGAAUCAAGGAGAUCAUCACCAACGGAUUGGUGAAGGCUGUGGCUGCAACAACAGCCUCUUCGUCCUACAGUCACAGUCCUGCAGCCCCAGCACCAGUUUACCAACCGCAUAAACCACCUCCAGUCUCGAUGGCACCCAUGAGCCAUGGCCACAAACCACACUAUCAGUCGGGGAUGCACUAUGUGCAGGACAAACUCUUCGUGGGUCUGGAGCACGCCAUCCAGGGCUUCCCCGUGAAGGAGAAGGUGGAGGGACCCGGCUGCUCCUACCUGCAGCACAUCCAGGCCGAGACGGGGGCCAAAGUCUUCCUCCGGGGGAAGGGCUCGGGCUGCCUGGAGCCCACCUCUGGACGCGAGGCCUUCGAGCCCAUGUACAUCUACAUCAGCCAUCCUAAACCUGAGGGGCUGGCAGCCGCCAAAACCCUCUGUCAAAACCUGCUCCAAACCGUACAUGCUGAAUAUUCCAACUUCCUGAACCAAAUGAGUUCAAUGAUGCCCCCGCAAGGCUACAUGCCGCCAAUAGCAGUCAACGGAUUGCCCCCCCAGCCUGCCUACUACCCCCCUGCAGGCUACCAGCCGAGCUACCCCAUGCCCGUCCCCCCACCCCGGCCGGUUCCCCCUCCGUACGCUGUCCCCCCGCCCAUCCCCCUAGCAGCCCCCUCGGUGGUGCCCCCCCCGUACAGCCUCCCCCCUGCCCGUCUACCCGCCCCUGUUCCCGCCGUGAUGCCACCGCUGCAGGUCACUCCCGUUCCCUCCUUCUCUCCCGCUGUGCCCGCUCUCCCCAAGGCCCCGCCCCCGGUGCAGGCAACCAAUCCCCCGCAGAAAAGGCGCUUCACGGAAGAGGUGCCGGACGAGAGGGACAGCGGGCUCCUGGGUUACCAGGUGCAGGCUUCCCAGUGGGCAGCCCGGAGACCUCAGGACCCCUGUCACAGAGUUCCUCCAGUGCACCAAAUGAGAGGGACAGUCGACAGCUAAUGACCCCACUGCCCAUGUCUUUGAACGGAGGUAUGAGACCCAAGAUGGAGGAGAUGAGGGCACUGCAAGGCCCUCUGGGUAAGGGCAUUACCCUCCAUGGACAGACAAAUCCCUGUCACAAAUCCAUAGCUUAUACUUUUGGCUUAUUCAAAUACCCCAUCUUAACCCCUCAGCAUGUAUGUUCCUGAAUGAAAAGGCUAAAAACUACCCUGUCCUGAGGUGGACAUAGUUCUAGUGUUAGCUUAUUAAAGGCUUUGGGAAAUGUAUGGCUCUUCAUGCUACCCAGUUAGCUUCACAAAAUACUAAACCACAAGAUACAGAAAACACCAAAGAUACACCUUUCAAAGGUGACUUGAUUGUUCUGAACUUUUUAUUAGCUGCGUAGCAAAUAGGAAAAAGCUGGAGUCAGCAUUUAAUGAUUGGUUGUUUAUUCAGAUGUAUGAGAAGGACGAUGAGUGCAUCUUUAAGGUGGCACCACUUUGCCCUGAAUGGCGGUGGGAGUGUGAACACGGCCAUUGGAAAUGGUAUUAAAUAAGUUGACCCCUUUUAGGCUCAGGAAUGAAGGCAUUGGAGGGACAUCCCCCCCUACUAUCACCAAGCUAUUCCAUCCACCUCAGUCCCUUUCUGAUGACAUCAUCAGUCGGGAGUUUCGUCUUGAGUCCGGUCCCUGUGGUCUCAUCACUAACGAGAAUGUCUCUUUGUUUUUGUGUUUUCUCUUUUCCUCUGUGUUUUUCUUCUCUUUCAUGUACCGCUGGGGGUGGGGCAUGACUUCUGCUGUGACGCUGUCCGACCAUUUGAUUGGCUGUCGCUCCCCACCAACCAAUGGCUGCUUUCGACCAAUGCCCCGCCUCUGCCGACUUAAACAAUGAAUCCACUCUAAUGACCAUUUUACUUCCCCCAAACUGAUACUACAUUAACGUUGCACCUGUCUUCUAUGUCACAAAUGUUAUUAUCCAUGGCUGUUUUUUUCUCCCCAUGUCCUUCUCUUUGUCUCCCAACGUGUUGUUUCUCCAUGCACCACCAAACCUCUCCUAUUUCAGAGCCUUCCGUGAAGCGAGUGAAGACGGGCCUGGUGGCGUACACGGGGGACUCCUCGGACGAAGAGGAGGAGCACCGCUCUGCCCCACGGGCUCUGGGGACAGGUAACCCCGGGUUGGCUCCCCCUCCGUCCCCCAGCUGGACGCAGGGGUACCGCGGCCUCACGCCUGCAGCGCCCCGUGACAAAGCUCAGACACACCAUCAGCAGCAGCCGCCCAUGCCCUUCUGGAUGGCCCCUUGAGGCAGAGCCAGGCCCAGCACAAACCCCUGAAAUGAAUUUGAAUGGCCCUGUCCUUCCAGGGCGACCCAACACCUUGUGGUUGGCUUUUGACACGUGUUCACGACCACAUUGAAAACGGGUUCUGCACUUUGGUCGGCAAAAAGACUUGCUGAUGUUUUUUGUUUUUUUGAAGUAGCUCUCAACUAUAGGUUGGAAAUGCAAUGUGUAAAAGACAUUUGAAAUCUUUAAAUACAUUUUUGUUAAACUACUGUGCUGGCUCCUCCAUGGAUAGAUCAGCAAAACUAAACCUUCACUUUUGGAUUAAUCCCCCGUGCGGAAGUAAAAAAGUCUUUUUAACAGGUAAUGAUGUCUCAAAUUGCGUCUUUCUAUUCGCCUCUUUCUACUUUCCCUUGUUAAAAGUUUCCAGGGUCAAAAGUUCCGUUUGCCAUUCCUUUAUGCUUUUUUGUACAAACUAAACUUAACCUCAUGUCAUAGACCAAUUAACUUUAUUUCAUGAUUUUGUGAAAUAAAUGUUAUUUAUUGCAGUG